AUGGCCGGCCCGGGGCCCCCCCCGGGCUGGGGGCACCGCCUCGUCCUCCUGGGGGUCCUGCUGGGGGUCCCCCCGCCGGGGACGGCAGGGCCACUGUCCCACGGAGAACGUGUCACCCCACAGUGGCUCCUGGGGGGCCGCAGCAGACGAGCCGUGAGCCUGCAGGAACAGGUGCCGGCGCCUGCCCGGGCAGAGGUGGCUGUGAAGGCUGAGGGCAAAGAGCUCGUCCUGGUGCUGGAGAGGAACCAGCUGCUGGCUCCGGGAUACACGGAGACUCACUACAGCGAGGACGGACAGCCCGUGACCGUGACCCCCAACCACACGGAGCACUGUCACUACCACGGCCACGUCCGCGGCUACGGCGGCUCCUGGGUUGUCCUCAGCACCUGCUCGGGAAUAAGGGGUCUCAUAGUGCUGAGCAGCAACACCAGCUACUACCUGAGCCCCCUGGGCCCCCCCGAGCCGGGGCACCACGUCAUCCACAGAGCAGAGCACCUGCCCAUCCCAGCUGGCACCUGUGGGCACGGGGAUGAUUUUGGGAGCACCGUGGCCGACAUUGCCCAGCUCUUCCAGCCGGGGCACCAACGGGUGAGGAGAGAUGCCUGGAGGACCAUGAAGUACAUGGAGCUCUUCAUCGUUGCCGAUCACACACUGUACAGGAACCAGAACCUCAACCUGGGCCAGACCAAGCAGCGCAUCGUGGAGAUCGCCAACUACGUGGACAAGUUUUACAGGCUGCUGAACAUCAAGGUGGCCCUGAUCGGGCUGGAGGUGUGGACGGAGCGGGACCACUGCGCCGUCACCAGCGACGCCAACGCCACGCUCUGGGCCUUCCUGCAGUGGAAGAAGUCGCUGAGGUCCCGCAAGAAGCACGACAACGCCCAGCUCCUCACAGGGAAGACGUUCGGGGGGACGACCAUCGGAAUGGCCCCGCUGGAGGGGAUGUGCAGCAUGGAUAACUCCGGAGGUGUCAGCGUGGACCACGCGGAGCAGCCCAUCGGAGCCGCCGCCACCAUGGCCCACGAGAUCGGCCACAACUUUGGGAUGGUCCACGACACCCAGGGCUGCUGUGUGGAGGCCACCCCGGAGCAAGGGGGCUGUGUCAUGGCAGCAGCCACUGGACACCCCUUCCCUCGCGUGUUCAGCUCCUGCAGCAAGAGGCAGCUGGAAAACUACUUCCAGAAGGGAGGUGGGAUGUGCCUCUUCAACCUGCCCGACACCAAGGACCUGGUGGUGGGACGGAAAUGUGGCAACGGCUUUCGGGAGGAAGGAGAGGACUGUGACUGUGGGGAGGUGGAGGAGUGCACCAACCCCUGCUGCAACGCUCACAACUGCACGCUGAAGGAGGGGGCCCAGUGUGCCCACGGGGAUUGCUGCCACAACUGCAAGCUGAAGGCGGCCGGGACGAUGUGCCGGGAAGCAGCGGGAUCCUGUGACCUCCCGGAAUAUUGCACUGGUGCCUCUCCCUACUGCCCAGCCAACGUGUACCUGCUGGAUGGCUCCUCCUGUGCCUAUGGAGAGGCCUAUUGCAACAAUGGGAUGUGCAUGACCCACCACCAGCAGUGUGUCCAGCUCUGGGGACCAGGUGCCUGGCCAGCUCCAGAUGCCUGUUUCCAGGACGUGAACAUGGCUGGGAACACCUACGGCAACUGCGGCAAGGACAGCCAAGGGCGCUACGUCAAGUGUGACAAGAGGGACGCCAUGUGUGGGAAGAUCCAGUGCCAGAGCUCGGCCAAGAAGCCCCAGGGGACCAACACGGUGUCCAUCGACACCACGAUCCGCUUCAACGGGCGCGAGGUGAAGUGCAGGGGCACCUACAUGUACACGGCCAGGGACGACGAGGACGACCUGUCCGACCCCGGCCUGGUGAUGACGGGGACCAAGUGCGGAGAUGGGAUGGUUUGCAAGGACCGUCGGUGCCAGAACGCCUCCCUUUUUGAGCUGGAAAAGUGCGUGUCCCGGUGCAACGGCCACGGGGUCUGCAACAGCAACAAGAACUGUCACUGUGACGCCGGCUGGGCUCCCCCCUACUGCCAGGAGCCGGGGCUGGGGGGCAGCCUGGACAGCGGCCCCGUGCAGCCCAACAACCACGAGGCCAUUUUCAUCGCCCUCCUCGUCGUCUUCCUCUUCCUGAACAAAUCCGUCGGUCGGAAGUCGAGCAGUGGCCACCCCAAAGCUGCCUUCACCUUGAGGAACAUUUCCACCUCCAGCCACAACGAUAAAGUGACCCGGGCCGCGUUCCUGCCCAAAUCCUGCGCUCACCACCCCGGCUCUCAGCCCGUCAACGUGGUCCACCCUCUGCGCCCGGCCCCGAAUUCCGUCCCCCCGCGGCCCAGAGACCCCAAACCCGCCAGGCCACCCCCGCCGGUCACCAGGUCACACUCAGUGGUCACCAGGUCACACUCAGUGGUCACCAGGUCACCCCCGGGCCCUUCCAAAGCCGGCGGCUCCCAGGCCAAGCUCCCGCCUCCCAGGAAACCUCUUCCCUGCAGCCCCAUGAGGACCCCACAGGUGGUCCCAAAGCAGCAGCCCCCGCGUCGACCCCUCCCCGGGAGUCCUCUCCUGGCCAAAGAGCUGCCUCCUGCCCAUGGACAGACCCUGCUGGUCAUGGUCCCUCCCACCAACUUCCAGCCGGCGGGGACGAGCGCCACGAGCCACCCCACGAGGGCCCUGAAACCGAUGCCACCUCAAAGGCCAGUCCCAGCCAUCAAACUCCAAUCGACCUCCAUCCCCUCCAAGAAGUGACAAUCCAAGGCCACCUGAAGCCUGUCCUUGCUGAGCUGGCUCUCCUGAUUUGCACUGCUCUGCCCACAGGGGUCCUUCAUUCCCCUCCUUUUAUUUGUCUUUUGAUACCAGAGGACUAUUUUUAUAAGACAGAAUUUGUAUUCAGCACAAAAACUGGGGGGUGGGGAGAGGGGAAACUGGUACUAUGACUUCAGUGAAGGUUGGAGGUGGGGUUUCCACGGUGGACAUUCCAUCCCGGCAUCGCUUCCCGGCCAAUUCGCCUCCCACCUUUGGUUUCUCCCUGACGUUGCACAUGGACUGGGCUGGGGGGGGGCACGAGGACAUCCAACACUGAUGGAAGAUGCUGGUGACAGUGUAAGGUCCUUCUAGCUACCUCCUCCUUCUCCUCCAGGCCUGGUGAGACAACCCCCCCCAUCACCACCACCACCCACUGCCACCAGAGCUUGAUGCUGGAGCAUCCUCUCCGGGGGGAGACAUUUGCCAUGAGAGAAACACGAUUUCCAGCUUGGAUUGGGACAUUUCCAUGAAGGAUCCAAGUUCUCAGGCUCCUCCUGCCCCUCCUGCCCGAUUGCACGAGGUGACAACCCUGGGGUCACCUGGAAGGAGCAGCCUCCUGGGAAGUGUUUCAACGCCUCAAGUGCUGGUGGCAGCGGGUCACCAGGGUGCUUUCAGGGGGCUCAGGAGCCCCCCCAUAAACGUUGCCUGUUCCCUGCUUGUGGGCCAAGCCCACCAGUGGCUCCGGGAGCUGCUGACACUCUGCUGUCCCAACGGGAUGAGGAGCAGGAAAACCUCCUGCCCGUGCCAUUGGCUUGUCCAGAGGCCUCGGCCGAGCCGCUGCAUUUCUCUGUGCCUCAGUUCCCCCCACGUGGAAAGAGGGGGGGUGAUAACCUACCUCACAGGGGUGUUGUGAGGUUGAACAAACUCAUGUCUUGAAAGGGCUUUACAAUCCUCAGAUCAAAGGUGCUGUUGACCUUGCACAGUUUUUGUGCCACUUUUCCUUGUGACUUGACACGCGGCUCUAUCAAGGGUCUGAAACGAGAACAAAGACUUUCUACAGUC